UUAAGGAGAGAAGGAAUGGGGAUGUACUUUGAGACCUUGGAAAUCGGAGGAGAGGGAAAAGAAAUGGCUGCAGCUAGAUACUCUUGAACCGCCAUUUUUGCCCUUGUUGUUGCUCAUGCGAUCAACUGUGGAGGGGAGUAGUGGCUAGUAGUUGAAUCAAAUAAUACAGGUAUGGCUCCCUACACUUGUCUUGAGCGGUCGAAUGUUUUGUAGAGGAAAGGAUGGGUCGGAUUAGUACUCCGGUAAGGGAUUAAGAGAAGAAAUUAUAAAAGUUAUUUUAGAUGGACGGGAUUAAAUUUAUGAUAAAACCAUACAGGCUAGCUGUUAGUGGUGAUUAGAGUAUUUAUGCAUGUAGGAAUAGGGUGGUGCAUGUGGGGUUGGUUUGGCUAAUCUGUGAAUUUGUAGAUGCAUCAUGUUGUGAGAUGUAGAAAGCCUCUCUAAAAUGGAGGGUAGCAAUUGAGACAAAGCCACCUUUAUAAAAUGGACAGGGGGUCACAGGGAUAGUAGGGUAGUAGAAGUGUAAGAAUGCCAAUUCUUGUUAUAUUGGAAUUAUAAUUGGAGUAGAGAUUUUAUGGUCAAAUAUGAAUUUAAUUAGAAUGGGACGAUUUGAAUGAUUAAAAGAUUGUUCAUUGAAUAUCUUUAUAUAGAUUUAUAAAGGAAAUGAGCAAGAUGGAACAUCAACAUGGAGCAAAGUUAUGGCCGAGUAAUUAAGCAGUGAGUAAAUCUUAACCUAAUGCUUAUAUUAAUACGACUAUAGUAUUCGGGUCAUGAAGUGACUCGAGUACAGGGUAAGUUAGUAUUGUUUGAUUCGUGUGAUAUCAUAUUGUAGUUUGUAUGAGAAUGGAUAAUGACUUGUAUGUGUGCAUACUUACUUGAAUGAUCAUGUUGGUAUGUGACAUGUAUUGUAUAAUAUAUUGCAUGAUGGUUUUCGGUAUGAUAUAUGGUCUAUGACGAUUGAGAAUAUGGAAAUGGCCUAUAAGGCACAAGAUUGAGAAAGGUCAGAAGAUGGUUAAAAGUAUACUAUCUGUAUAUGAAAGGGAAAUUGAUUGGCCUUUAUGGCAUACAUGGAAAUGUUAUUGCAUGGUCACCUAAACCAAACAUAAUGCUUGCCUUGUUAUACACUCAACACAAGAUAUGGGAAAAGGGAGAACAUGGUAUGAUGACACCGGACGGUGAUUCGUUCCGUGGUGGUAUAUGUGAUAUGAUGAGCUGGGCUGGGUACGUCCCGCAGUGGUAUAAUGGCAUCAGGCUGAGAUACGUUUCGCGGUGAUAAGUUUUAUUAGAACCAGUGGUAAUCCCUAUUCCUAUAUCUUGGAAGAGUGUAUGAUUUGACAAGCUAAUGAAGUAAAAGCCACUGAAUCAACCUAACCGUGAUGUGAUUGAAUCCUUGUAUAAGGGUUUCCUAUGGUGAGAUUAUGUAAUGACUUCCUAUGAUCUUAUAUACAAAAUGUGCAUGUGAAUGAUAUAGUUAUAUGAUGGUUUUCUAUGUGUUUACUACAUUGAUAUGAUAUUGGAGUGCAUGAUGAGAUGAAUAGAUGUGUGUGUUAUCGAAUGAAAUCUCUUGUGUCGUGAUCUAUCUGUGACUGUGAUGUGGUAUAUGGCAUGUGUUGUGAGACCAUGCUUGAAAAUGACUAUGUAUUGUCGGUUGUUACAGUAGGGUAAGUGAUAUGAAUGUGUCAUGGAUGAUAGGAGAAGUACUUCGGGGGUACAACAUCACUCGUUACUAUUUUGGUAUUGAUGUUUGUAUUAGGUUAUUGUUUACUCAUUGAGUGACGUCUCACCCCUCGUUAAUAUUUUUUUCCCAGAUUCAAAGGGAUCGUGAUAGAAGAAAACAAGUCGGUUGUCGUGAGGUGGAUGGCGGAACUGAACUCUCCACAUGUUUUUAUUCGGUAUAAGAAAUUAUUGCUAGUGACGUGUCAAUGGUGUAAGGGUGUUACAAUUAGUUCUCUAGACUGUUGGUGAGUCGUGUAUGAACCCGUUCAUACUUGUGAUUAAAAUACAUAAAAAGUAUUAUACUAAUUAGGGUUAAAUGAAGAAGGCAAAGAAAGAAAUAAAGAAAGGGUUAUGGAAGGCGAGUGAAAAAUGAAACGAAAAGAAAGUAGAUGAUGGAAAGGUUUUGACCAAUUCUUUUAGUUGGUCGUUAAUACAACAGUUAACCUUUUUCACCAUAGCAAUUUAUUGACACUUGCUUGUGUAGAUAUCACAUAUUUUGUUAUAUGUAGUUAGUAGAAGUUUGUUUAGUACCCCGUAAAUGUACUAAAUGAGUUUACAAAUUCGCUCUUGCACUAUUUUAGAGUUGUCUCUCUUUUAUCAUUUAUUUAAUGUUUCACCUAAUGAACAAAUAUAAAAUGGUCGAGUCUUCUCGUACAGUUGAGUGAUACAACAUCUUGUAUGGUACAAACUAGGGGUGGUAAACGGUAAGCCGGUAAACGGUUUACAGUUUUACCGAACCGGUAACCGGCGGUAAACGGUAAACCGUUUACCGAUGGCAUAGGCGGCCGAGCGGGAACUUGGGCGACUGGGUUUACCGGACACGGUAUCGGUAAAUACCGACGGUAAGUCAGUAAUACCGAUACCGAAAUCCCCCCUGCGCCGCGCAACCACCUGUCCAGCCCAACCAAGGAUCUAAAUGUCGAAGAAGCUAUCUCCUGCAUUUGAUUGAGUUCAUUUAGAGUUCCACGGAUCCAUGAGGCUGUAACAAUGGAUCGGGCUCUGAAAGCUGCGAGAGCCUCUGGUUCUCUCAACCUCUCCAAUCACUCUCUCAGGCAAGUUCCCGUCCCUCCCAAGCUUUUAAACCCCUUCGUACGGCUUCAUUCCGAUGAAUAUAAUUCGCAUUUGGGAUUCCAGGGAUGUCCCCGACGAGGUGUACAAAAUUUCCGAUGCUCUCGGCGAGGGCGAGAAAUGGUGGGAGGCGGUUGAGCUCCAAAAGCUGAUCUUGGCUCACAAUGAGAUUGAGUUGUUGAAGGAGGACUUAAGAAAUUUGACCCAAUUGACUGUGCUUAAUCUUAGCAACAACAAGCUUCAAGAGCUUCCCUCUGCCGUAGGAGAGUGAGCUCUCUUUACCUUGCUUCCUAUCUCACCUUCUCACGGUAUUUCGGUAAUACCGGUUUGUAACCGUUUACCGAUAAUUCGGUAAUCGGUAAACCGAUUACAAAUCGGUAUCGGUAAUCGAUUCCAAUUUAGCCACUGUCGGUAUACCGAAACCGGUACCACCCCUAGUACAAACUAAAUUUAUACUUUUAUGUUAUAAAUUUUUUAUGCAACAGUAACUCUAAUCCAAAUUUAACUUUAUAUUAAAAUUAAAUUUGGAGUAUCAAAAUGUAAAAUGUACAAAGUGACUAAAUUUAUACUUUGAUGUUAUGGUGGAUUGGUUCAAAAUAAUUGGUGGAUUGGAUUCAUGAAUUCAAGUGAAAUCUAAACAAUGGACCAAUAUGUAAAUGAAAUCUAAACAUUGGACCAAUAUGUAAAAUUUAAAAAUUGUAGGUACAGAAAUCUCUUAAAAUUUAGAUACCAAAACAUAAUUAUUCAUUGAUUUUACAUUAAAAUUAAAUUUGGAGUAUCAAAAUGUAAAAUGUACAAAAUGACUAAAGUAGCAAUUUUUUAUGCAACAGUAACUCUACUCCAAAUUUAUAUAUAGUAAUAUGAUACGAAGUCUAUCUCUUACCCAUUUUUACAGUCAAAUUAUUCUUGACUUACUCACAUUAUACUUUGAUGGAGCUAAGCGAUGCCAUAUGGGAGAGAGAGAGAGAGAGAGGUGAAUGAUUACUUAUUUAUUAGCCUUUUUUUUUUGUGUGGUGAAAUGACAACGAUUAUGAUUCUUUCUUUCAUGGCAGAAAAAUAAACAGUAGAAGCAGGCAGGCUGGGCUCAUUCAUAAUAAUAAUAAUAAUAAUAAUAAUAAUAAUAAUAAUAAUAAUACCCAUAUUUACAUCCUUGGGCACAUUUGUUGGUUUAUGUCUCCAUCCAUCCAAACAAACACAUUUAUUUAUUAGCUACAUAAUCAUUAUUUUUUAUUAACUUACAGUUCUUUAAUUUCAUCUGUAAAUUUUCUACAGCAAUUCCUCUAUCGACUAACUGACCAACCACUAUCUUCCAAACAAAUGGGGGUAGUUAAUUGAUAGCUUCUGUACUCUUUUAUAUAACCAAUCGAGGACUGAAAAAUGUUUUCUUAUACAUAGAAGAGAAGACUAUGGAGAUUUUAUUAAUUUAUAUUACACCGUCCAGUCUUAAUUAAUCUGCAAUAAAUUUAAACGGUCUGUCUAUCGAAUCAAACCAAGUCUCCUGUCUGUUCCAUUCUGCGAGGCAUCAAAAUGCGCCACUUUGUUUGCGACACAUGUUGCCAUUGUACAAAAGCAUUUACCAAGCUCCAUCGAUCUUAUGUAGUCCCCUUUUCUCCAAAGCAUAUACAACGCAAUGCAAGCUUCCUCUGCCCCCUGGCGAGCCUGCAGAUGGAUGAUGUUUACAGUCUUCAAUGAAAUUAAGGCUCCAAAAUCUCCUCCUCCGCCAUUAAUAAACUUGGGCAAGCAUUCCUGUCCUUCCUACCAAACCACAGCAAGCAAACCACUACACUACUCCAUUCCGCCAUUCCUCUCUAGCUACUUCUUCUGUCGACAAAAGGUUUACUUAAGGGUAAAAGCUCUAUUAAUUAACAAUCUAAAGAACCAUACUUUUUGUUUGUCUGCAACCAAGACAGCUACUAGCUAAUUAGUUCCACAUAACCGGCGAUGAACCCGGCCGGUAACCCACUAUUAUUCCUCGGAUCGUGAGACAAAACUGUUAAAACAGGGGAGGGGAUCCUCUGUUUUCAGUGAUGCCGGACACGGAGGAAUCAGCUUCGGCGACUAGAUAAAUCGAUUGCCCACUAUUCAACAUCGGCUCUGUUAGUGUUGUGGUAUAUGAUCCACGAUUGAACCUCUCCCAACAACUCGAGUUAUUGGGAUCAACUGGUUCUUGACAUGGUAUCAGAGCAUUCUAUGACCAAGAGGUCUUGUGUUCGAUUCCUGGUGACCCCCAUUUGUUAAGCACAUGGUAUUCUUGUCUUCAAACCUAACUAACUGGUUCUUGACAGGCUCAAAGAAUUAGAAUUGGCCGGGGAAGGAAUUUUCUUCAAAUCUCCCUCACUCCGAAAGGCAAUAAGGGAAUAGCUAGCUGAUACUCCGGAAAUUUAUGGCCUGGGUAAGGAAGCCAAGGCAGGGGAGCUCCGGCAGCUAGGGCUGGCAAAUCGGUUGCCGGUUAGCGGUUAGCCGCCGGUUAUAACCGAAAACCGAUAGUAACCGACUAACCGAAAACCGGCAAAAACCAACCUCGGUCGGUGUUCGGAUGCGUAUCAGAGGACUCCCGCUAGCCGAAUAACCGGACAUAAUUAAC